UUUCUUCUCACUUCACUUUGAUUCUUUUUUGUUCUGUCGGGAAACACGAACGGCGUCGUCGUUCUUCUCGACGGUGUAGCUCACCUGCGACGAUUUUUAAGGGAAACACUAAGCAGCAAAUUACAAGUCGGUGUUUGUGUUGUUGCAUAAUCACAAUGUCAGAUUCUGGUGAACCUAAACCGUCUCAGCAAGAAGUAUCUCAACCUCAACCUGCUGGGGAAGAAACUAAGUCUCAACAAGUUUGCACUUUUUUCAAGAAGCCAACGAAAAGUAAAAACAUUAGGAAAAGAGCGAUUGAUGCAGAUGAAGAAGAUGGAGAUUCGAAAAGCGAAAGCUCUAUUUUACAAAAUCUAAAGAAAGUUGCAAAACCUGAUAGCAAGUUGUACUUUUCGUCUGGACCAGCUAAGAGCUCUACUACUAGUGAAGCUGCUGAGAGACCCGUCUUUCACUACGAUUCAUCCAAGGAGAUCCAGGUUCAGAACGACAGUAGAGCAACAGCUACUCUAGAAACUGAAACCGACUUCAAUCAGGACGCACGAGCUAUCCGUGAGAGAGUUCUUAAAAAAGCAGACGAAGCAUUGAAAGGGAAUAAGAAAAAGGCUUCAGAUGAGAAGCUGUACAAAGGAAUUCAUGGAUAUACGGAUCACAAAGCUGGGUUUAGAAGAGAACAAACAAUUUCGAGCGAGAAAGCUGGAGGCUCACACGGGCCAUUAAGAGCUUCUGCUCACAUCAGAGUAUCAGCUAGAUUCGAUUACCAGCCAGACAUUUGCAAGGAUUACAAAGAAACGGGAUACUGUGGAUAUGGAGAUUCGUGUAAGUUCUUGCAUGACCGUGGGGAUUACAAACCAGGAUGGCAGAUAGAGAAAGAAUGGGAAGAAGCAGAGAAAGUUAGGAAGAGAAAUAAAGCUAUGGGAGUUGAGGAUGAAGAUGAUGAGGCUGACAACGAUAGCGACGAAGACGAAAAUGCAUUGCCCUUUGCUUGCUUCAUCUGCAGAGAGCCUUUCGUUGAUCCAGUUGUCACCAAAUGCAAGCAUUACUUCUGUGAGCACUGUGCUUUAAAGCAUCACACGAAGAACAAGAAGUGUUUUGUGUGUAACCAACCAACAAUGGGGAUUUUCAAUGCAGCACAUGAGAUCAAGAAGAGAAUGGCUGAAGAACGGAGUAAAGCUGAAGAAGGAUUGUGAAGUUCUUCUUUCACAGGACAAAAACUAUAUUUAUUCUUUGCUUGAAGAAACCUUUUUGUUUGUUGUACUAUCUGGCCUAUAUAUAUUCCGGUGAGAAUUGUUGUUCCAGACUUCCUAGUAAACAAGUCAUCGUUAGAAUAACA